GCCUCCUUGCCACUUUCCACCAGCAGCCACCCAAGGCUAGAUACUCGAGUACAGCCCAUUUACCGACCCUUGCGAUGCUCAGUACUCUUUGAAAUAGAAUACUCGAUCUCUAAAAUCCUGUAUUCCAACGUUUUCGCCACCUGUCUGUUUGUUAAACGACAUGGGCCUGCUCACGAUCAUCCGGAAGAAUCGGCAAAAGGAACAUGAAAUGAGGAUCUUAUUCUUAGGCCUGGAUAACGCAGGGAAGACGACGAUCCUCAAGAAACUCAACAAGGAGGAUAUCUCGGGUAUCAGUCCGACGCUGGGGUUCAAUAUCAAGACAUUCGUUCAUGAUAGAUAUACUUUGAACAUCUGGGACGUUGGCGGUCAGCGAAUGCUCCGUCCAUACUGGAGAAACUAUUUCGAGCAGACAGAUGCUAUUGUCUGGGUAGUCGACUCCGGCGAUCGCUUCCGAAUGCAAGACUGCAAAGAGGAACUACAUAGUUUGUUGACAGAAGACAGACUUGCUGGUGCAUCUCUACUUGUUUUUGCCAAUAAGCAAGACCUGGAAGGAUCUAUGACUAGUGAGGAGAUUUCGGAGGCUCUGGAUCUGAAAUCGAUUAGGACUCAUCAAUGGAAGAUUUUCUCAUGUAGUGCUGUCACUGGCGAGAACCUUUUAGAGGGGUUGAACUGGGUCGUAGGGGAGGUAGCGAAUAGGUUGUAUUAUUCUACGACCUGACUGGCUACUUGAGAUGAGUAUACCUCGGGUAUUCUAGAAUAUAUUGGUUCUAUCAUUACGAGCAGAGAGAUAACUUCAGUGAAGGACAUUUGGAAAUAUAAAAUUGUUAAAUUUUGAGCAC